GUUGUAGAGUGCAGAGGGAUAAAGUGAUGACAAGAGGAUGGGGAGACCGUCCACGGCUAAAAAUGUAGCUUGAAGUGCACCUGAACAAUUUGGAUCUUCACUAAACUUGAUCAAACCAAGAUGAAGAACCACACGCGGGUGCAUUGGAUGGACAUAGCUGUUUACAUGCAUCCAGUUUGCCUCUUGGAAUGUUGUUUUCUGCAGCCCUGAGUAAUUAGCAGUUUUAUGGGAAAUUCUGGAUUUUGCCACUGAAGAUUUUGCGUUCCCUGAGGGGAGCCUGUUCUCUGCUGUUGUGUGGUGUGCUGCAGAGGAGACAUGGCCCGAAACUCUUUCCGCGGGUCCAAAUACAAGGCAGACGCCAACCACGAUGCCGAUUUUGGCUGCACACUCAAAGAGCUGCGAUCGCUCAUGGAGCUCAGAGGGCCAGAGGGAUUACAGAGAAUCCAGGAGUGUUAUGGAGAUGUUCAGGGACUCUGCUCCAGGUUAAAAUCUUCCCCCACAGAAGGGUUAAGUGGUCAAGCUGAGGACAUUGAAAGAAGAAAAGAAGAAUUUGGAAAGAAUUUCAUACCUCCUAAAAAGCCAAAAACAUUCCUUCAGUUAGUUUGGGAAGCAUUGCAAGAUGUGACUCUAAUUAUUUUGGAAGUUGCCGCCAUAAUAUCCUUAGGCCUUUCAUUCUAUAGACCUCCUGAUACAGAAAGAGAAAACUGUGGAAGAGCUGCUGGAGGAGUGGAGGAUGAGGGCGAAGCAGAGGCCGGCUGGAUUGAAGGUGCCGCUAUCCUCUUAUCUGUCAUCUGUGUGGUGCUCGUCACUGCCUUUAAUGACUGGAGCAAAGAAAAGCAGUUCCGUGGCUUGCAGAGUCGCAUCGAACAGGAGCAAAAGUUCACAGUGAUCCGUGGAGCCCAGGUCAUUCAGAUUCCUGUGGCUGAGAUGGUGGUUGGAGACAUUGCUCAAGUGAAAUAUGGUGACCUCCUUCCUGCUGACGGAGUGCUAAUCCAAGGCAACGAUCUGAAAAUUGACGAGAGCUCCCUCACAGGAGAGUCGGAUCAUGUCAGAAAGACCCUGGAGAAAGAUCCCAUGCUGCUUUCAGGCACUCAUGUGAUGGAGGGUUCAGGGAGGAUUCUGGUUACUGCUGUGGGUGUAAACUCUCAGACUGGAAUCAUCUUUACCCUCCUCGGCAGCGGAGAUGAUGAUGGUGAAAGUGACGAUGAAAAAGAAGAAAAGGAGAUCAAAAAGAGAGAGAAGGAAGAAAAGAAGAAGGAAAAAGAGAGGAAAAAGAAGGAAAAGAAAGAAAAGAAGGGCAAGAAAAACAAAAAGCAGGAUGGAUCAGACAAAAAGAAGGGUAAGGAUGGAACUGGUGUGGAUACCGAGCCGCUCAGCAGCGAGGACGGGAUUGAUGGAGAGGUGAAGAAGAAAAGCAGUCUACCAAAGAAAGAGAAAUCCGUACUUCAGGGGAAGCUCACCAAACUAGCUGUACAAAUCGGCAAAGCAGGCCUUUUCAUGUCAGCCAUCACAGUCAUCAUCUUGGUGGUGCUCUUUUUCGUGGACACGUUCUGGAUUCAGGGGCUUCCAUGGAUCAAAGACUGCACCCCCAUCUACAUCCAGUUCUUUGUCAAGUUCUUCAUCAUAGGAGUCACUGUGCUGGUUGUCGCUGUGCCUGAGGGACUUCCCCUCGCUGUCACCAUCUCAUUGGCCUACUCUGUCAAAAAAAUGAUGAAAGACAACAACCUGGUCAGACACCUGGAUGCAUGUGAGACGAUGGGCAAUGCCACUGCUAUCUGCUCAGAUAAGACUGGCACUUUAACCAUGAACAGAAUGACGGUGGUGCAGGUGUAUGUGGGAGACAGACACUACAGGAAGGUUCCUGAGCCUGAAAUGAUUCCAGGCAAGAUCAUGGACCUGCUGAUCACAGGCAUCAGUGUUAACUGUGCAUACACCACCAAGAUCAUGUCCCCCGAGAGGGAAGGUGGUCUACCCCGUCAAGUGGGGAACAAAACUGAAUGUGCCUUGCUGGGGUUUGCCCUUGACCUACGCAGAGACUACCAAAUCAUCCGCAGUGAAUAUCCUGAAGAGAAGCUCUUCAAAGUAUACACCUUCAACUCUGUCAGAAAAUCCAUGAGCACAGUGCUGAAAAAUUAUGAUGGAAGCUACCGAAUGUUCAGCAAAGGAGCCUCUGAAAUUCUCCUGAAGAAGUGUUGUAAAAUCUUGACAGCAAGCGGUGAACCUAAAUUCUUCAAGCCCAGAGAUCGAGAUGACUUGAUGAAGAUGGUGAUUGAGCCAAUGGCUUCAGAGGGCCUGAGGACCAUAUGUCUGGCCUAUAGGGACUUCCCAGCCUCAGAGGGGGAACCGGACUGGGACAACGAAACCGACAUCCUUACAGGUCUCACCUGCAUUUGUGUGGUGGGCAUCGAAGACCCUGUACGGCCAGAGGUCCCUGAUGCUAUUAGGAAGUGUCAACGAGCAGGCAUCACUGUACGUAUGGUCACCGGGGACAACAUUAACACUGCCCGUGCUAUUGCCACCAAGUGUGGAAUCAUCAAUCCUGGUGAUGAUUUCCUGUGCCUUGAGGGCAAAGAGUUCAAUAGGCGGAUACGCAAUGAACUGGGAGAGAUUGAGCAAGAGCGCAUUGACAGGAUUUGGCCCAAACUGCGUGUAUUGGCAAGAUCCUCUCCAACUGACAAACACACAUUAGUGAAAGGUAUAAUCGAUAGCACUGUAGUAGAACAAAGGCAAGUAGUUGCUGUAACAGGAGAUGGAACAAAUGAUGGCCCUGCCUUGAAGAAAGCUGAUGUUGGCUUUGCCAUGGGUAUUGCUGGAACAGAUGUGGCCAAAGAGGCCUCAGAUAUUAUCCUGACAGAUGACAACUUCUCCAGCAUUGUGAAGGCUGUGAUGUGGGGGCGGAACGUCUAUGACAGCAUCUCAAAGUUCCUGCAGUUUCAGCUGACAGUCAAUGUGGUGGCUGUGAUUGUGGCGUUCACUGGAGCCUGCAUCACACAGGACUCUCCGCUGAAAGCAGUGCAGAUGUUGUGGGUGAAUCUGAUCAUGGACACAUUUGCCUCACUGGCUCUGGCUACUGAGCCGCCCACAGAGUCUCUGCUGCUGAGGAAACCAUAUGGACGCAACAAACCACUUAUUUCCAGAACCAUGAUGAAGAACAUUCUGGGCCAUGCAAUCUACCAGCUCACCAUCAUCUUUACACUGCUGUUUGCUGGUGAGCAGAUAUUUGAUAUUGACAGUGGUAGAAAUGCUCCCUUACAUGCCCCUCCAUCAGAACACUACACCAUCGUAUUCAACACCUUCGUCAUGAUGCAGCUCUUCAAUGAGAUCAAUGCUCGCAAGAUCCAUGGCGAGAGGAACGUCUUUGAUGGCAUCUUCAACAACCUCAUCUUCUGUUCCAUUGUAUUUGGCACCUUUGUUGUCCAGAUUGUGAUCGUGCAGUUUGGAGGGAAGCCCUUCAGCUGUGUAGGCCUCAGUAUUGAUCAGUGGCUCUGGUGCAUCUUCCUUGGCUUUGGAUGCCUUCUCUGGGGCCAGUUGAUCACCACCAUUCCCACGAGCCGGUUGAAGUUCCUGAAGACUGCUGGCCAUGGAACCCAAAAAGAGGAGAUCCCAGAGGAGGAGCUAGAGGAGAUGGAGGACUUGGAUGAGAUUGACCAUGCUGAGAUGGAACUGAGAAGGGGGCAGGUCCUGUGGUGCAGGGGACUCCAGAGAAUCCAGACACAGAUCCGUGUGGUAAAUGCGUUUCGGCAAACCACAUCUCCAUACGAAGGACUGGAGACCCCAGAGUCACGCAGCUCCAUUCACAACUUCAUGACCCACCCAGAGUUCCGCAUCGACGACUCGGAGCCGGCCAUCCCUCUGAUUGAUGACACUGACCACGAGGAGGAUGCUCCCACAAAACGCAACGCCGUACCGCCACCUCUUCCUCCUGUGGUAUCUUCACCUAACCAGAACAAUAAUGCUACAGACAGCAGAAGCUUUCACCGCCAUAAGGACAUAAUCAAGACAGCCAUUCCUCAGCCCCCUGGAAGCCCCUUGCACAGCCUGGAGACAUCUCUCACGCUGGUCAGGAAUCUGUGUGGAGGAGCUGUGUUUGCAGAAAGGCCCCAGCGGUGGAAAAUACCACGGUGUACCGCGAAAACCAUACAAAAUAGACGGACUUCGGACUUUUUGCUGAGGACGAUGGCUUCGAUAGCCGAUGAUGAUUUCUGCUCAUUGGCUGAAGAGAAGUUUGAUUUUGACCUUCCACUUUCACCUGCAAGUUCCAAAGGGGAAGAUGAUGUUGAAGAUGAAGUCUUCUUGGGUCCCAUCAGUCAUAUGGAGAAGUGCAUUUCUCAAGGGGUGGAGGCUAACGUUAAGGACAGUGUAAGCAGUGGGCCCUCUGUGGGUGAGGAGCCCAGCUGGAGUCCCCUGCUUGAGGAGAACUUUGAGCAGAUCUGUAAGGAGGCUCACCUUUUAGCCAGUCAUCUUGAGAGAAGCAGUACAGACCCUGUAUCAGAAGGCAUUAUAGUUACUUCCAAUUUGCCUGAAAAUGCAGAACAGUUUGAGGCAGACACUGUGGCCAAAAUGGACAUGUUCAGCAAGCGAUCUGAUGUGCUUAGUCCUAUCAAGAGGGAAACAUUCUGUGUUCAGGACAGCCCUAUGAAGCAGCUGCCUCCAGCCAUCCAGAAGCGACUGCAGAAGGUCUGUGUUCUGUCUGGUGGCAAGCAGCGCCUCAGCACAUCCAGCCCUGUGAGGCAUGCUGGCACUCAACCAAAAGUGGCUCCCCGGGGCAGAAGUCUAGUGGUCAGUAAUGGGGCACUACCCAACAAACCCAUAGCCGUGGGAAACCUGCGACUCUCUUCUUGCACUCGACCAGCAGCACCAAGCAAAACUAGGCUCCCUGCGCCAAGCAAAAAUUCGUUUGGCCUGAAGCGGAGUCCUGGCAGUAUAAACAGUAAAGCAGGCUCAACUGAAGACCUUCUGUCUGAUACAGCUAGUGUAGCCUCUGAUGUGAGUGAUUCUUCACUCAACACAAGCUUGCCCGGAAAGAGAGGCUUCUCGGCCCCCCACAAGACUGAAAAAAGAGGUGCACCUGUUUGUAAAGGUCCUGCUCUGCACAAUAGGCGCGUAGCAGACCAAAGCCGAAAUACGUCUUCUUCCUCUUCUUCUGUGUCUAGUAUCAAUUCCAGCUUAUCUGUCUCUCCGACAGGUAAAGGUAAACUCAAUUCCUCCCUGAACACAAGUGUGAGUAGCAUCAGUGGCAGCAGGCUUCCCAGCUCCAGCCGCAAGUCGGCCAUCAUCAGACCUGUGGAGCCCUCUGUUGGGAGACGAACUUCUAUGUCCACACAGGUCAGGAAAAGCUCAGAGCCUCUCCCUAGACCUGUCAAGGCCACCCCAAUUAAGAGACAAGAGACUGUAUCUUCUGUCCAGCACCAGACGCCGGCUAGGAAGACCAUGGAGAGGACCAUCUCUGUGCCGAUCAUAGCUACUAAGGCUCUAAGCAGUGUUAAGUUGAACUCGAGUUCAAAAGCUUUUGUUGUUCCGACUCCCACAAACUCUCUAAAAGGAGUGCGUAGAUCUGAAGUCACCUUGUCUCCUGAUGCCCCUCGAAUAAUGAAACCAAAGAAACUGAUGUCAGCUUGUAGUGUGGAGAGUCUUCCUCAGCGGCUUACAGUUCCUGCACCACAGGGUCUUCAGACCCCUUCAGCUGCAGCUGGCAUGCCAGUGCAGUCUAAACUGAGACGCCCGUCAGCUUUGCCCACACCUGUGACCCGUCGGGUGUCUGGCAUCCCCAUGCUCACGCCCAAAAGCGUGCCUCGUCUUAGCAGAUCGUCUCGCACUCCAGAGCCACAGUCAACAGACUCAGCCUUGGAGAUGAGUCAUGCUAGCCCAGGUCAGCUGAAGCAGGGUGAGCAGCAGGGAGUAGUUGAGCAGUCGCUGACCGAUGAGGAGCCAUGUGCCCCAUCUGAGCUUCAGCCCUGCUCCUUGGUUUUUAAUCUGGAAGAUGAUGCUGAUAGAUCCACGGUGUGUGAGCCAGCAGCAGUGGAGAAGGCCCCUGCGUUGUCUAAAGAGGAUCUUGAGCUUCAACAACCCAAACCAAAAGUCAGAAUACUUGCAAAGUCUGAGGAAAUCCUGCAGAACCACCAGAAGAAUAAGCCAGUGACUCAGGAAGUCAGUGAGGUGCUGCUGGUGGAUGCACCUGCUCCUGUUUUGAAACCAGAAGAGAAGGUUCUUAUUGAUCUCGCCAACACCCCAGACCUGAUCAAAACUGUCCCAAAUAAGGUGUUUGGGGGCCAGCUGAUUGAUUUAAGUUCGCCCCUUAUAAAGUGGAGUCCUGAAGAAAAGAAGGAAAACGCUGUGAAUGAAGCUCCACUUAUCAACUUGUCCUUUUGAAGGACCUGUACCAUGCUGGCAAAACCAGGACACAGUGUCAGUUAAUAUAAAGAGAAUACGAGACGGCUGAUGUGACCAUUAAAACUCUAAUGAUGUACUUUUUAUUUGUACGGUUGAUUUAUAUAUUGUGAUUGUUUUAUUAAGGAAGGAAAAUGUUCCUGUCUUUUUUUUGUUCGUCUUUGUUUGUUUUCCGCAAAGGUACAAAUAAAAUGUCUGAUCCCUAAA